AUGUUGCGCUCCGCCCUCGUGCUUCUUUUAAGCACUCAGUUUGCCCUCGGCGCUUCAUUCCAGGACAAACAAGCGGUCCUCGUGCAAUCUCCAGAGCUCCCAAUUGCAAAUGCACAGGCCGAGCACGUUGUGGACGAGGCAAUCCUUGCAGCGCUCAAGACGCAUUUUGACCCUGUUGCUGCACUACUUUCCCUCCAGCCCGAACUUGCAGCGGAUCUCGCCCAAGAACGACUCUUGCAUGUCGUUGGUGAGCAGAAGCCGGAAUGGAUGACGGAAGGAGAUAAGCUGCGUCUGCGCAGACGCGGGAAGAAGUUCGUGGAUAUCACGGACCAUGAAGAGUCCUAUGCCCAGCAGGUGGGCAUCUUGUCCGGUAAAGCUAAUCUCCCCGACUUGAGGCACCAGGGCCUUAUUAAGCCUCUCUUCUCGCAUGUCUCGACGCAAAGAAUGCACGAUGUGCUCAAACACAUGACGGGGUACUACAAUCGGUACUAUGGAGGUACUUAUGGCGCACUGAGUGCCGAAUGGCUGCACGACCACAUUGCCAAGAUCAUCAACGACUCUCCAUUCGGCACCCACAUCUCGCUCGAAUACUUCACGCACCCUUUCCCCCAGUCCUCCAUCAUCGCGCGCUUCGAACCAAAGAUCCGCAACUUUUCUCAUCCGCUGACGAUUCUCGGCGCGCACCAGGACUCUGCAAACUACCUCUUCCCUCUCCUUCCCGCACCGGGCGCGGACGACGACUGCUCCGGCACUGUCAGCAUCCUUGAAGCAUUCCGAAUCUUGGCCGAGAGUGGUUACACACCCAAAAAUGGACCGGUUGAAUUCCACUGGUAUGCGGCUGAGGAAGGUGGAUUGUUGGGUAGCCAGGCGAUUGCGAGGUACAAGAAAGAAUCGGGAGCUUCCAUUGGGGCUAUGAUGGAGUUUGAUAUGACCGCCUUUAUUGCCCGCAACGCAACUGAAUCCAUCGGGUUCAUAAAGACCCAGGCGGACGAGGCGCUUACGAACUGGACAUUGAAGCUGAGCAAGGAAUACAUCUCGAUUCCCUCUGAUAUAUACGAGCUAGCGGCUAACGCUGGCUCGGACUACAUGUCCUAUACCAAACUCAACUAUCCUGCUGCGUUCGCAUCAGAGGGCGACCCACUGGCACAGGGUGGGUUCCCCGGUGAUAUGGAUCCGUACGUGCAUGGGGUGAACGACACGAUGGAUGUCGAUGACGAUACAGGCUUCUUCUCUCUCGACCACAUGGCACGAUUCUCGGAGCUCGCGAUCGCCUUUGCUGUGGAGCAAGGCGGGUGGGACAAUAGCUGGCGGUGA